AUGGCAGGCAAAAGGAAGCGCGGAGCCAAAGAAUCUGGCGCUGCUGCUACCAAUGGUCAUAAAAAGGCCAAGAACGCGACCAAUGCAACGGCCAAGUCGACGACGGCCGCCCUCGAAAAACGCCCGUUUGUCGCGGCCCCGGUCGGCGAAGAAAGACUACGAGAGGCUACGCUGUAUGAUCUUUUGGCUAGCGAAGACGAAGAUCAGAGAAUAUCUGCGGCCGACUGUAUUAUAUCCAGCCUGGUCGGCAAAGAAAAGGUCCCCGAGGCCGUGCUCGAGCGCCAUCUCGAGCGUCGCCUGUUCCGUGGACUCGCCAGUGGCCGCAAUGCUGCCCGGCUGGGCUUCAGUCUCGUCAUUACCGAGCUGAUUACCCAGCUCUUUGGCGAUGAAGCGCUGGCCGCCGCGCACUACCCCGGCCUCACCUUCCAGAAAGCAGUGCGCAUCCUGAUGGACAAAACACACCCCGUCGGCAACAUCCCCGGCCAGGAGGAGCGAGACCACUACCUGGGUCAGCUCUUUGGCAUCGAAUGCUUCGUAAGCUCAGGCGUCAUCUUUGCCGAGCCGGCGCGGUGGAACAUGGUGCUGGACCUGCUGCUCAAGAUUGCGCAAAAAAAGGUCUGGCUCCGCUCGCAGUGUGGUUGGGUUAUUGUGCAAGCCCUACAGCAGAUGGACCAGAAGUCGGCGGAGUCGACGCUGAAGCAGAUUGUCGAUGCCAACAUGGCCAAGACGGCGGACGGCGUUGCUUUCUGGAUCACCGCCACGAACAAGUACCCGGACAUCAAGAUCAAGCCGUGGCGGCACCCGCUGGCGGCCAAAACCCUCGGUGAUCUCGCCUCAGUGCUGAAGGAGAGCUUCAACGAGUCGAGCAAGGAUUCCAAUGAGAAAAAGGGAAGUGCGCCCAAACAAGCCAAUUGGACGGCCCAGCUGCACUUUGUCUGGGAUAUCAUUCUGGCGCACUAUGCCGGACAAGGCAUCAAAUCCGACGAGCUCGACCAAUUCUGGCAGAGAGUUGUAGAUGAUGGCUUCUUCUCCAAGAAUGCUAGCGAUGGCCAAAAGUUCAAAGGCUUUAUGGUCUUCCAGAAGAUGCUCGAGGGACUGGUGGAUCAAAAAUCCAAGGUCGACAAGCUCUUUUCCAAAAAUCUGCUGAGCUGCCUGAUGAACCAAGCUGCGAAGGAGGACCGUUAUUUGCAUAGAGCCGCCGUCAAGGCACUCAAAGCUAUCGAGAACACCGUUGCAGCACACCCCAAAAUCCUGACAACAGUUCUUCAGAAUUUGUUAACCGGCAAUGGUGUCUACAGCUUUGACCAGCGCACAUCUUCCAAGACAAUUGACCGUCUACUGCAAAACUCCGGCACUAUUAGCGAUAAGAAACUUCUGGAGGUCUUGCAAUUACCAAUCCCAUCUCUGGCAAGCCAAGAAGAGUCUCAAGCCAUAUCAACCCUGAGAUCAUAUGUUGAAUACUUGUCUAAGGUACUGAAUGCAUCUACCUCGACCUGUUCGGAGAAGAGCAGCGGAAAGGACUCGUUUGGAGUAUACCUACAAGAACUCUCGCGACUGGCCUUUUCACAGCCCGACAGCAUUCCCUCUGCGCUGUUGACAGAGCAGAUUCGCGAGCUCUGCCGAACAAGACUGGAAUCGUCUCUGUCCAAGCUCACCCGCCAUGCUGAUGACUUUUCCGGACUAUGCAGCGCCAUCGCAGCCAUCGACCCUAGUUCGGUUGACAUGGACGAUGACAUCAAGACUGCAGUGGACGAGGCCCUAAAGCGCAUGCGUAGUCUGCUGAAGCGCAAGUCCAAAACUGAGGCUGCCAAGAGCGUCAACGAAGCCUUGGCCACACUUCACGCCAUCUCAAUAUUCCAGCUAUACAACGGAGACCCUGACGCCAUGGAGUCGCUUAAAGACCUGACAGAGUACGACGAAAAGUUGAAAAAGGGCGACAAGACGGAAGGAAACUCGGAGCUCCUCGUGGAAACUUUACUGGCCAUGGUUGCGCGACCGUCAUCUCUGAUGCGGCAGGUCUCGCAAAAAGUGUUUGAAGCCUUCAGCAGCCACAUCACUGCUGGCGGCCUACAACUGCUCAUAGACCCAUUGGCGUCCAAUGAGAGCACCAAGGGCCAGAAGGAACUUUUCAACACGGACGAUGAUGUCAUGUUGGUCGACGAAGAUGGCUCCGAAGAUGGCUCCGUUGAUUUGGACGACGUAUCCGAUGUCGAGCUUGGCUCCGACGUUGAAUUUGUCAACCUGGGCGACAAGGACGACGCCAGCGACUCCUCCAGCGACUCCAGCGACGAUGAUGAUGACGACGAGGAUGACGACAAGGACGGCGACGAGCAAGGCGGCCCUAUCGACCUUGAUGUCCUCUGCGCCUCGAUCCUCAAGAGCCACCGCCUUGACAAGGACAUGGACGCCGCCUCCUCCGACUCGGACGGCGACAUGUCUGACUCGGAGAUGAUGCAACUCGACGACAAGCUCGCCGAGGUCUUCAAGCAGCGCGUCCAAGCCAAGCCCGACUCGAAAAAGGACAAGAAAGACGCGCGACAGUCCGUCGUCCAGUUCAAGCACCGCAUCCUCGACCUCGUCGAAAUUUACGUCCGGGUCGAGGGCGGCCAGUGCCGCAACCCGCUCGCCUACGCGUUGCUCGCGCCGCUGCUGCACCUCGUGCGCACCACCAGUACCCGGCCGCUCGCCGCCCGCGCGUGCGAGAUCAUCCUCCUCUACCAAAAGGCUCUGAAAAAGGCCCGCGCCACCAAGACGGACGCCGACGCCGAGGACCGGGACCUGCUCCCGCUGCUGGCCGAGAUCCACGAGGCUGCCGGGCAAGAUAAUGCGCACGCGUACAGCAAGGCGGCCAGCGCGGCAAGUCUCAUCGUGGCCGGCUCCAUGCUGGCGGCCGACCGCGCGAGCAUCAGGCAGAUUGCGGCCGUCUACGCGCAGACGCAGAGCCGCUGGGUGCUGGGCGAGGCGCGCCUGCAAACGUCCUUUUUCGCCGACUGGAACAAUUGGUGCCAGAACCACGCGGCGCAGGCUCGGGACAAGAAGGAGGAAAAGCGAAUUGAAACCCAGUGA